UGCGCGUCUGUGUGGGCGCUGAGAGAGGGUUCGAGCUGUUAUAGCUGGAUGUAUUGUUUUAUAUUGUAGUUGCAGUGAGCGGUGCAAACGGGGUGGUGGCAGUGGGAAUACGUUUCAUCUAUAAACAGUACGUUCGUCAAAAAAGAGAAUAGUGUAGUUAUUUUAACCGUCGCCGGCAAACAGAGACGUGGCACGGAGCUUUUAGUUCGCAUGUGUGUUUCGGCAUCUUAAAGACCACAGAAGAUUGCCAGUGCGCUGAUUUCUGUCUCCGUGUUUUGCAAUGAGGGCAUGAUGAAAUCGUCCACUUUCGUUCUGAUUAGUGCUGGCGGGGCUGUCGGUCUUGUUAAAUCAGUAUUUAAAUCAGCCAUUUUCACAUGUGUUAAUAUUACUAUGGUGCAUGCACAAGUAGCUGGUAUUCGUGUAUCUAUGGCGUGAGGAUGCGUUUGGUUUUAGUCUUAAGUGCUACUCGCAAAAAACCGGGAUAACAAAACAAGUAAAUAAAAUAACGACACCUUCGAUAUUAUGAUGUUCUGGGUUCUGCAUGCUGUGGCGGCUUGGAAGAGCAGAGACUGAAGCGAAGAGAGGAUCGUUUGAGGGAUUAUUGGAACGGACACGUUUUGAAUUGAAAAGACCUACUCGCAUGGAUAAAAACUGUCACAAACUGAAGCGAAAUGAACUGCAGCAGGGCAAGAUUGCAUGUUAUGUUAUUACAGCGGUCUUGCUAAGGAUGAAAUAAAAGAAGUGUGGUAUAGAUCGAGGAAGUUCGCCAGCGCUGGGGAAUUUAGAGAGGGUCGAUUGAACUGAAAACAAAACAAACAAACUUUGAAAUUGUUAAUAAUAACGUUAAGGUGACAUGUUGGUGGAAAACUCAGGUUAGAAAAGUUAGAUUAAUUUAAAAAUAUACAGUUAAUCUAUUUUUCACCCCACUGGCCUUUUUCUUACACAUACAUUUCAAAGGAACAAUAAUCUUGACUGUGUUAUUACUAAAACAAUGUUAAUUACUAUUUACACGCGAACAUUUUUUUAACAUAUAAUUUACUUUUAAAGUCGCCAGAUAAGCGAUUAUUUUACAUAAAUCGUGAAAUGAUUGCAUAUACACUUAUAAAGUAUUCUUUUGAAAUCCUUAUUCACAGGGCAUGCAUAGGCAUGCAUUGAAAAUGUUUACUUGUGACAGAGACACCUUUGUCUAUUGAGGAUCUCGACCGUUCAGCGGCGUUGUUUCUUCGGUUGGAGGGCAGUCAUCGCUAGUCUAUGAGUGUUUACAUAACCAGCUGUUAGGGUUGCAGUUUCCGCAUUUCGUCUCGGCGCAGCGGCAGUGUGCUGGGGUUUGCUGAUUGAUGCUUCCCGGAGGUGGUGGGCCCAUGAAAGACUGCGAGUACAGUCAGAUAAUUACUCGCAGCUCGUCGACCAUGGAGUCCGCACACACAAGCAACACUCCCAGGAGGAAAUGGGAAGUUUUCCCCGGCAGGAACAAAUUUUUCUGCAAUGGAAGGAUUAUAAUGGCUCGACAGACCGGCGUCUUUUAUUUCACCCUGGUUCUGAUUGUGGUCACCAGCGGACUGUUCUUCGCUUUUGAUUGCCCGUACCUAGCGGUACACAUCACCCCCGCUGUACCAGUGAUAGGAGGAAUCCUGUUCUUCUUUGUGAUGGGAACCCUGCUAAGGACCAGUUUCAGUGACCCCGGAGUUCUGCCCCGAGCUACUGCACAUGAAGCAGCAGACCUGGAGAGCCAAAUAGAUGUUGCCAAUGGCUCCAGCUCAGUAGGAUAUCGCCCCCCUCCAAGGACCAAAGAGGUGACCAUCAACGGACAGAGUGUGAAACUGAAAUACUGCUUCACCUGUAAAAUAUUCCGACCACCUCGCGCCUCUCAUUGCAGCCUUUGUGACAACUGUGUGGAGCGGUUUGACCACCACUGUCCGUGGGUGGGUAACUGUGUGGGGAAAAGGAACUACCGCUUUUUCUACAUGUUUAUUUUGUCACUGUCUUUCCUGACCAUCUUUAUAUUUGCCUUUGUCAUCGCCCACGUCAUCCACCGGUCUCAUCAGACAGGAUUCUUGAACGCACUGAAGGACAGUCCCGCUAGUGUGCUGGAAGCAGUCGUUUGCUUCUUCUCUGUAUGGUCUAUUGUUGGUCUCUCAGGAUUUCACACAUACCUGAUCAGCUCCAAUCAAACCACCAAUGAAGACAUUAAGGGAUCAUGGUCAACUAAAAGAGGCAAAGAAAACUACAAUCCCUACAGCCAUGGGAACAUUGUCAGUAACUGCUGUGUGGCGCUGUGUGGACCAAUACCUCCCAGUUUAAUUGACAGAAGAGGCUUUAUUCAGCCAGAUGCACCUCAGUCAGUAGCGCCAUCUAAUGGAAUCACGAUGUAUGGGGCGACACAGUCUCAUAGUAACAUGUGUGACCAGGACCAGUGCAUUCAGAGCACUAAAUUCGUUUUGCAGGCUGCAGCCACACCCCUGUUGCAGACUGAUCCCCACCUAGCAAGCGACGAGCCGCCCCUACCGGGGAAGAUUUCCCUGAGUGCUCCCUGUGCCCCCCUGCCCCUCGGACAGCCCACCCCGCCAUCUUCCACGCCAAACCUGUCGUGCGACACCACGCUGUCAGACAUGCUGCCAACGCGGGAGGAGCAGGGAGGACCCCACUUCCUGACCCCAGAGGAGGCCCCCUCCCCACUGGGCAUGCUGUCCUCGGGGAGCUCCCUGACCCACAGCCACACCAUGCAUGUGUUCAACCUGGCCAGCCAGGACUCUCUGCAUGAAGACUCAGUGCGAGGCCUUGUCAAGCUGAGCUCCGUCUGAGCCCGUCCGUCCCCUCUAAAAUCCCUGUGAUAUUCCCAAGACAGACUGGAAUGGUCACGCAGAGGGACUCCCUUUUCAGAAGUUUGUGUUUUGAUUCUUGAUUAAAUGCUGCCUUGGGGAGCCUUCAGUUUAUGCACGCCAGUCAUGCCAGACUUGGAGCACAAUUUAAGGUGUCGUUCCACAGUGGUGUUUAUCAGAUGAUCAUGCAAGACAUUAUGACACACCAUGCUGAAUCCCCCUGAACUGGAACUCAUUGUUUGGUAAAGGAGCAAAUGUGGACACAAUGGGCUUCUCCAUGCAAAUGUCUAACCCAUAUUCUAGCUGUUCAUCGUGUGUAUAUUCAAGUCUGUGCCAUUCUGGACUGAGAUACAUGAUUUUCCUGUUUUAAGGUUGAGAAUGAAACUCCUUCAGUCAUUUAAAGAAAUCUGCAGGAAUAAAGAAGUCUACAGGAAUAAACUGCUUUUUUCUGUUUUAUAUUCAUGACUGACGGCACUAUUUUCUAAAAGGACUGCAAAUAUAUCAGUGUGUGUGUGUGUGUGUGU